AUGUUGACCAACGUGGAGGUCAAGGAGCUUCUUGAUACUUUGGUUUUCAACUUCGCCUCGGGCAAGCAUGACAGAGGCAGCCUAGCACGGGCAUUGACCAACAGUCCAAAAAUGCAUGGCAUGCUGAAAGAGGAACUGAGCAAGGACCUCAAUCAGCUCUACGAGCUCUCGUCUCAGAGUCAUUCUUCAGCUGGAUCUUUUCAUUUUGCUGCCCAGCGGUGGGACUCCACCCUGAAAUGCCUGAGAAUCUUCGCUUUGAGGAUGAGUGAGAUCUUGAGUUUGCUUGCCCGUGUUGCUGCAGACAAGACAGACCAAAAUCAGAAUUGGGCCAAAUCUAUGUUGAACUUCCUCAGCAUGGACCGUAUUAUCCUUCUUUGCUUGUGCGUGGAGUUCAUGGAAGUCGCCUCACGGUACGUGCAUGCCUGCGACAAUCCCGGGGGAUCUAUUAAAGCCAGCUCUGCGGGCAAAGCGGCAAGCUCAUUGCCCCGGCGUAUAGCUCAGCUUGCCUGCACCGCAUCCAAUCUGCGUUUGCGACUAGAUCAGCUCUUCUCCUUUACUUUCCAGGGCGUCAAGCAGGUGCCACUGGUGAUGGACGAACGUUUUGAGAAGGGUUAUGUGCAGAUCGUCACCAAGGCUCUCAGCCUUGGUCUCAAGUCCUUCUCGGUCAUCGCGGGUGGCAAGCUCUUGUACCAUUUGCAAGGCUAUGGGGCGGAGAGGCUUCGCAAAGUGACCGCGGAGAAGCUCGGUAUCCUGUGGAACAUUCAGACUCUCUUCCUGCAGGGCGUUUGGACGGAAAAUGAGAUCGGCAUCGCUUCUGGGUUCUCCCCGUUUGAUGUCGGCUCAUGGCUCAAAGAGAACAAGGACGAUGCAUCUCUGCCUGCGUUGCUUGAGCCCGUGGCCAAAGUGGCCGAUGCCUUGGCCAAGGAGUUGCAGUUGGCACGUCCCACCGUCCAAGCUCUUCUCACGCAAGGCAAAACAGACCCCUGCAUUUACUGGAGAGAUUGUUUGCAGCACUGGGGCAAUGGCAAGAAACUGCCUACCCUGAGCAAAGCCGUGACGUUCAUGGAUGUGGCGUGGGAGAGUUCAAGCGAGAUUGAGCAAACAUUCUCGAUCCUUCGGCUCUUCUCAUCCGGGAGAAAGGCUGGUACGCAGACGGAUUUGUUGAGGGCAUUGUGCAAGGUCAUCUCUGAUGCACCUACUCCUCAAGAUCUUGCUCCAUUCACACGAGCAGGCUCCUCAUCGCCUGAGUACAUCGUCACCGACCUCGUACGAAGGGUUCAGCAGAGAUACAGAGAGGUCCAUGGAUCUGCUGCCAAUCGUCCCAAAAUCAAAGGUGAAUCUCGGCUUCCAAGACGCAAUCUGGUUGAGCGAAAGAAGGACAAGGGAUUCGCGGCCUUGCAGCGUAACAGGGACGAGCAAGCGGCAGAGCUGGCGGCAAGCACGAAACCUGUAUCUGCCGCGACAUUGGAUGCCAUGGAGUCCGAGACGGCCAAGGCGUCGAAGCAGGCCAUUGGAAAGAAGCAUGUGUCUUUGCAGCAAAAGCUUGAAGCGAAAGCUUCGCUGAAGAGGAAGCUCAUGGAAGCUUUGAUCGAUGGCGACGAGGAGGCCCGGAAGAAGCUGAAGCUUGCUGAGAAAGAGGAUGAAGACAGAGUGCCCUUGACCCGGCGAGACCUCCAAGCUACCACUGAACAACGGCUAUUUCUGGACAAAAGUUUGGUCGCCAUUAUCUUGCUGGUUCCGAGCGAGCCCAGCAGGGCUGUGCAGAAGACACUUCAGAAGCUCGGUUCCAAGAUGUACAUCUUCAAACCUGAGGAACAGUUGCUGAAUGCAACGUUGCGUUUCAAGCACUUGAUAUGGCUAGCAUGCAGCAGCGACGACGAAUCGGCAAUCAUCCAUGGCAGACCUUCGGCAUCUGGAAACAUUUCCUUAAGCCACAUCUUAAUGUCAAGGAUGUUGGGAGGCUUUCUGGCCGGGCCUGAAUGGCUUGAUUGUUGCUCCUCCACAGAGCAAGUUGUGCGGCCCGUCUUGGCUUUGCAACGCACAGUUUGCAAGAAGAAAGAGCUUUACGUUCACGGGAGCUGUUCUCUCAAAUCGGACAUCAAGCUGGCUCUUGAUGCGGCAUGCCGGCAUGACGACGUGCGAUGGCAGUGGCGAGAGUCGAGAUCAAAACUGCCCCGAGCUUAG